CAUAUGUCAAUGUCAUAGCAUUGGCAUGCAAGUGUAUUGAGUUUGUAAACACUCUUUUUAAUACUUAAUAUAAUAAAAUACCAAAUAAAAUGGACAUAGUGCCUCCUAAACCGAAGAAGUUUAAAAGUGCGACCAGAGAAGAGCUACUAAAUUUGAGUAAAGAUGAUUUGGUGGAUAAAAUAAUGCAAUUAGAAGCUCAUAAUGCACAGCUGAAGAAUAUAAUUAGUAAAAAUAUAUCUGGCGUUGAGGAGACUGAGCGAAAAAGGAAGAAACCAUUUGAUUUUAGCAAAUGCCAAUACCGCAGAGUCCUUCUCCGCAUUCUGUAUUUUGGAUGGGACUACCAAGGGCUCGCUGUGCAGGAGGACACCACGCAGACCAUAGAGCAUUAUCUCUUUCACGCGCUAACCAAGUCCUGCCUGAUACAGAGCCGUGAGACAUCACAGUACCAUAGAUGCGGGCGGACGGAUAAGGGAGUCAGUGCCUUUGGGCAGGUCAUAUCGAUAUCACUGCGUAGCAACCAGGGCGAAAAUGGCGACGUCGCUAAAGAGAUGCCGUACUGCAAGAUCUUGAACCGACUGCUGCCUAAAGACAUCAGGGCGGUCGCUUGGAUGCCUAUACCGAGUGACAAACCUGAAUAUAGUGCUAGAUUCGAUUGCACUCAACGCCAAUACAAAUACUACUUCUCCCUCGGUGCGCUAAACUUAACUGCCCUGCGCGCCGCGUGCGCGCAGCUCCCGGGCGCGCGCGACUUCCGCCAUCUUUGCAAGAUGGACGUCGGCAAUGGCGUCACGCAGUUUGUCAGGGAGCUGAAAACGGCGGAGAUAUUGCCGGUGGACGAAGAAGGAGAUAGCCCUUACACAAUGUACUACCUACUGAUAGAAAGCAACGCGUUCCUCUGGCAUCAGAUACGAUGUAUUAUGGGCGUCCUACUUCUAGUCGGACAAGGCAAGGAGUCGCCAGAUGUCAUUACCGAGCUGUUGGAUAUUGAGAAAAACCCUAGGAAACCACAAUACAGCAUGGCGCUGGAUGUCCCACUAAACCUGUUCCAUUGCACCUACGAUUUGGAACAAACGCAUAAAUGGAUAUAUGAUAGGGAAGAACUCAAAACGGUCAUAGCUCAGUUGCAGGGAGAAUGGACUAUCCAUAAUAUCAAGUCCACCAUGAUACGAGACGCCCUUCAUCAACUAGAAAAACAAUACGAAGACACGUGUAAGAGCGAGACGAUAGAGUUAGAAAGAGACAGAGUCACAGCACACACGGAUUGUCUACUACAGGGCGUGAAACCUAAGGUUUAUAAACCUCUUUUGGAAAGACAGACUUGUUCAACUCUAGAAGAAAGGAUAGAAUAUUACAAGAAGAAAAGAAAAGUACGAAACGAUGGCGAUGUCAGCUCAGAUGUUUAAUAUAAGUUAUUGUUAUAUGUUUAAGUACAUAUGUAAUAAAUAUACAUUUUCAACACA